UCAUUUAUCAAAAACUAUAGCCCAAUUCUUGGAAAUAGAUAAAAACGCUUGACUAAUGAAUACUAUUUUUUAAAGUGUUAACAUUAUGACGAAUCCUACUGGUAGACAUCGAUAGAAAAAGUAAGAGAACGUUGGUCGUCGAACAGUUUCUCGCCUUUUUAAGUAACACGAUGGCAGUCUCCGAUCAACUGGCCAAGGCUGUAGUCAAAGGCAUUCAGGACCAAAUGGACAGAUGUCCUUUUCACGACGUCAUUAUUGUUGUGGAUGGUGUAGAGUUCAAAGGUCACCGCUUUCUGCUGAGUGCAUGUUCUGACUUCUUCCGAGCCAUGUUUCAGUCUGGGAUGAAGGAAGACCUGGAGAGAAGAGUAGAGGUCAAGAGCAUUAGCCCCAGCGUCUUCAAAUUGCUUAUCGAUUCAGUGUACUACGCCAGAAGUGUUCUAACAGCCGAAAACGUCUCCAGUGUUUGGCACGCGGCAAGUCAACUGCAAAUUCACUACCUUCUAGAAGCGUGCGAGAUUUUCCAGUCCAAGAGGCUGUCAAGAGAAAGCUGUGUAGACAUCCACAUUGAUGCUAAAUUGCUAAGCUCCAAAAAGCUUCUGGACCUCUCCUGGGAUGUCAUCGUUAAGGAAUUUGACCAUUUGAGAAAAAUGGAUGACAUUUUAUAUCUUGAUUUCGAGGAUAUGAAAAGUCUGGUCAGCGAUGAUAACCUAACAGUGCCUUCGGAGGAUGUCGUCAUUGAGACAAUACUGCGAUGGGUCAGUUACAAGCCUGCCAAAUACUCCGACGAAUACAAUAAAGAUGGGAAAGAUUUGGCCGUAAGUCACUCAGAACAUGAAAAUACAACUUUGUCAAUAGAAAAAAGUACUAUUUCCAAAGGCUCGCGUGGAACCAAAACAGGCAAAUCCGAGGAUGUUGUUGAAGAGAAAAAAGAAUCAGUCUUGGGACAAAGUUCAGUACUUUUUAACCGAAAAGAAACAACCGUUUCUGCAGAUAGAGAUCGGAAAGACUUUCUCGCCGAGCUACUGGCUGCAAGUAAAUUAAUGCUUGUUAGCGGCGCGUGUUUGCAAAAUCUUUUAGAGAUUAAGUUGGUGCUAGAAGAUUCCAAAGCCUUUGCGCUUGUCAGAGAGAGUCUGCGCUAUCAUCUACAGCCUGGCAGACGCCAUAAUUAUUGCCCUUUGUAUGGUAAAUUCAGAAAUACAAGCCUUGUUCAGAACGUCGUUUACACAAUUUCAGGAUUAUAUCCCAUGAAAUUUUCAUGUAGAACACCUGAUGGCAAAUGGUACACUUUGCCAGCCCAACAAGCCAUGAAGUGCAGAGCUGUGACCUAUGAAAACGAUAUUUAUUGGACAACGGCCACGGGUACACACCAGCUUGCCAGUAAAUUUGACUUAAAUACUAUCGCAUGGAGGAAUAUUGCAUCCAUGGGCGUGCCCAGACAAGACCACGCCCUAGUAUGUCUAGAUAAUUAUAUCUAUGCCAUAGGAGGCGUCAACUGUGCAUCGAUUGAAAGGUUUGAUGUCGCGGCUGAACAAAAGGUGCCUGAUACAGGUAAAUGGGAGAGCUACGGAAAUUUGGUUCAGCCAAUGACGAACUUGACAGCCACCACUUGUAACAAUUUGAUUGUCAUAUUUGGCAGUGAGUCCGACAAUAGCCCUACAACGGUAGUCCAAAUCUUCAAUCCUCAAACCUUGUCUGCUAACAUCUACAUGGAUAACAUGUCUGGUUCAGCCAAAAAUUUGGCUAGUUUUAAACACGGCGAGGACACCUUUGUCCUGCAGGAGAAUGGCGCACUGUGGACAGUCAGCAUCGACUGCAAUAAUAUUUUGGACAUUAGGUUUUACAGCAUGAUCUGGGGAGACCCCUUUAAGUUGAUGGGGGCUGUUGUAACGAAUCAGGAACUUUUAGUAUUUGGCGAAAGCGUUGAUCCCCAGAUGCCUAGAGAGUGGGACGUAGCAACCUUUCAACAUUUUAAAAGAGUUAAAAUCAUUGAGCGUCAAGGCUACUGUUUUCUAAAUACAGUUAUACAGAAAAGGUUUUUAGUUACAUUCGAGAGUUAACCACUAGCGGAUCCGGUACACUUUGGAGCGGGGGAGGGGGCGAUUUUUUUUCCAAACCCUAACCCUAUGCAUAAACGUGCGUACAGCAUAUAUAUAUGUACAGCUCAUUAUUCAUAAGUAGAGUUCGAUAGCGUUUUCUUGCAUGUUUUCAUUGCAGUAACGCAUUUUCCUGACAUCUACAGCUCACUUUCAUCAGUCUUCCCCCCGACGCCAAAAUCGUUUUCUUGCAUUCUUCACCGAAGAAACGCACUCUUCUGACCUAAAGCUCAUUAUUCAUCCUAUUAAAAAAAAAAAAGAGCUUUUGAAUAAUUUUGUACUUGAAAAAUAUUCUAAUAUGAAUUUAUAGGCCCUUGAUAAAUUGCAAAUAAAACCGAUUUGUUUCUUGAAAAAAUAAGAUACUCCACAUAUUUAGAUUAAGGCUUGACGAUCGCCGCUGAAAAAAAAUUCUAUAAAUAGUAUAAUAAUAAAAUAGGAGAAUUAAUUGUGAGUUAUAAUCCCAAAUUUAUUUAACUAAAAAAUAUCAGAUUGAGUAAAAGAUGGGAAGGGUGAAUAGUAUAUAAUUUUUUGGGUUUAGAACUCAUCUCAAUCGUGACUCUUAUACUGAAAAAUUUCGUUUGAAUUCUAACUUUUCCAGAGCAAAGUAUUUCUUAAAAUAAUUAUGAUAAAUAUAUGUGAAAUUACAUGAACUCUGUCUGGAAAUCGGAUGGGCGGUAGAGAGAAAACGAAUUAUCCACGCUCCUUUUUAUAAUUUCUGCUAAUGAUUGCAUUUGGCAUUAAAGAGUAGGGGUGGGGCGACUUGAUAAAAGAAUUUAAUUUAUAGCAUAUAUAAAUUAUAUUAGUGACAGAUUUUUCUUAAAUUUUGUAAUUUCUUAACUAUAGGCCUAAUACAAAAAGAAAAAGUAUUGGUUUGUCCGAUGGGCGGAAGGCGAUUGCAUGUAUUGCCCCUCCCUCCUGGUACAACCCUUUUUCAUUUUAUAUUUACUAAUCAUAAAAUUUGAGAUUAGAUUGUGGUGCGACAUAAUAUAUAAAUGGGUUCACAUAUCAAUACGUAGCUUAUAUUAUAUAGAUAUUCAAGUAAUUUUGUUCACAAACUAUGUUUUCUCCAUAAAAAUAGGACCGCCCCCCCCCCAGAGGGCUAGAGUGGGGAGGGCAGUAAAUGCAAUCGCCCCCCCCCCCCCCCUUACACCACAGAAUCGGCCAAGAUAUCAGAAGGGGAGCGACAUAAUAUAAAAUUUAUAUAUCAAUUCAACUAAUUUUGUUCACAAACUAUGAUUUCUCCUUAAAAGUAGGACCGCCCCCCCCCCACUCAAAGUUUUUAGGUAGGGCAGUAGAGGUAUUCGCCCCCCCCCCCCCAAUCGGUCAACAGGGGAACGACGUAAUGGUGACCAGUCUCUUCAUUCCCCGGUUAUUUCAUCCCCAAUUAAAUAUUUUAUAUAUAAAUAUGAUUAUGUCGAAUGCUUUUUGACAUUUUAUGACAUGUUACUAAUGCGUUUAUAGUGUUUCCUCUUCCACUUUGUAUUCUUAAUGAGAAAUCGUAUAUUAUAUUGUAAAUCUGGGUGUGUACUUAGCUCUAGCGCUUCUAUUGGAUGUGGGGGAUGUAAUAAUAUAAUAUUAUCCUGAUCAAAGGCCAAGGUUUGGUGGAAGUAGUGAAAAUCAUUUGAGAGAUAGAAGUACGAUUAGAAUAAUUAUGACCAUGCCGCUGAUAACUUAUCAUCAAAGGCCAAGGUGUGGUGAAAGUACGACCAUGUUUCACUUUAUUUUAUUUUUCAAUCGCUCUUUCUUGAAAAUGGGCGCGUCAUUUUUAGCCUUGAAAUAAGGUUUUAUUUUUUUCUAAUUCAGGCGGAGUUCACCCAUCCUCGGGAUAUCAUGUCGCCUGUAUAAGUUUUGCUUUAAUUCCUUUUAAACAUUAAUGUGUUACAAUUUUGUCACUUUAAAAAAUGAAUACAUUAAAUAUUGCUCAUUUCAUGAUUUUUUAAAUUACAAUUUGUUAGAUAAAAAUAUUCAGAUGAUGAAAAUAUCAGGGGAUGAAGUGAACAGGGGAUGAAAUGACCGGGAACCGACAUAAUAUAAAGAUAGGUUAAAAUAUCAAAUACAAGUUUUAAUCAUAUAUAAUAAUAUAGAUAUUUAAUUGAUUCUGUUAGCAAGCUGUGAUUUCUACAAAUAAAUUGGACCACCCCCGCCCCCCACUCCAAAGUUAUUUGGGGGGGGGGCAGGAUUGAUGCCAUUGCCACCACCAAAUCAGCCAACAUACUAGGGAAGGGGCGAAAUAAUCUAAAAAUAGGUUGAAAUAUUAAUAAUUAGAAUAUAUUAUUAACACAAGUAAUAAUAAAUUCGCAUACAAAUUGUGUGAAUUCUAUAAUAAAUUUCGUCUGUCCCCCCACUCAGGCGAUCGCCCUUACCGACCCCCUUCCCCCCUCCGAUCCGCCAGUGGAGUUGACACACAAUCUUGUUUAGCUUGAACAAAAGUUGACCAGUUUAAAAAAACAACAACAUAUCUUUUAAGAAUCAACUCCAGGGAUUUGUUCAUGAAGUUUAUAUGAUUGUGCUCACUUUGUUUUAAAGUCAUGUCUCUAAUAUAGAUUCUUUUUGUAUACUGAUACUAUAAGACAUUACAUACUUUCAUGGGCUUGUAUAUGUCAAAUAUUAUGAAAAAUAAAUAAAAAAUUAAACUUUACGUAAGUUAUUAUUACCUUGUUAUUACCUUUAUACAUCACCUUUAGGAAUGUUCUGAAUGAUUUACAGACACCAAAUUUAUUACAAUAUUGUCAUAAACGGAUAAAUAGGACUUCAAAAAUAAGUGAAAAUAUAAUGCCAAUACAGUCAUAAUAAUAUGGGAAAACAAAAAUGUGUAUUAAUAAUAAAUAACAACCAAGAGUUUUGUAUCUUAUAAGCCCUGUCAAUUUGUUGUAUUUUGUCUUGUUCUCUCCAAUAUGUUUUUUUUUUUUCUAUAGUCUUCCUGGCCAUGUUUCUUUCUUUUACUAAUUUAUAAGAUACAAAAUUAAAACAGAAAAAAAGAAAAAGUGGACCACAACAUGCGAACAACUAGAUCUAAACAAGGAUGGUCGAAAGGCUUGGACCCUUCUGCACCGGCUAGCAGGAAAGAAACAAAUAACAAACUCCCAACCUAUUAAAGGCACUGACGACCUAAUAACAGAAAACCUUAAAAAGGCUGAAACCUUCAACAAAUAUUUUGCCAGCAUUAACAAGUCAAAGCCAAGAAAACAACUGGACCAGGCCUUUAGUAAUAUCUUAAAGAAAGAAGAAAAAGCUCCAACAAUCAACUGUCAGAUCUUUGACACUCCCUUCACUCUACAUGAGCUCAAUACUGCCCUAAAAAGUCUUAAGUCAAGAAAAUCCCCUGGACCCGAUAAAAUAACAAAUGAAAUGAUCCGGGGACUAGGACCACAGGCCCAAAACUGUAUACUUAACUUUAUCAACCAUACAUGGAAAACUGGAGACAUACCACAGGAAUGGAGAACCGCAAACAUAAUACCCAUUUUAAAGAAAAAUAAACCACCUGGAGACCCAAAAAGUUAUAGACCAAUAUCUCUAACAUCCAACAUUGGCAAAAUGGCAGAAAAAAUGAUCAAUAACCGACUUUAUUGGUGGCUAGAAAGUACUUGCUCGCUCUACAAUGCACAAGCUGGCUUCAGGAAAGCAAGUAGAACAGAAGACCACCUCUUUCGUUUAAUCUAGGACACAGUAGAAGGGUUUCAUGAAAACAAGCACACUACAGCAGUAUUUAUAGAUUUGCAAUAAGCCUAUUGUGGAGAAAAGGUCUAUUUUUGAAGAUGAAAAAAAUGGGCAUCCAUGGCUUUGACCAUGGAAAAAUGUACAGCUGGAUUAGGGCAUUCUUAAAAGAACAGAACCAUCCAAACCUGAUUCGAAGGUGCCAUCUCUAGUAAAAAAAAGACUUACAGCCAAUAAAUAAAGAAGAAAAUCCAACAUAUCUUGGUGUAAAACUAGACCAAAGACUGUCUCUAAAACACUUUAUGGCAGAUUUAAAAGAAAAGGCAUCACAAAGAUUAAACAUAAUAAAACACCUUCCAGGAACAUCCUGGGGAGCUGAAAAGAAAACCUUAAGACAGUUAUACACUGGAUACGUCAGAUCUGUAAUGGAUAACUGUCUCUCCAUACAAGUAGCUGCCAACAAAACAUAUCAGUCAUCAUUAGACACAAUCCAAAACCAAGCUUUGCGUCUAAUUAGUGGAGGUAUGAGAACUACUCCCACAGCAGCCUUUGAAAUAGACUCCAAUAUUGAACCUCUUAAGUUAAGGCGCAACAGAGCAGCAUUAGAAGCUAUUGAGAUACAGAAGGUUGGAGGGCGAUCAUCCUAAUAAACGACUAACACAGAGAAAUAGGAAAAACAACCAAAAAAAGGAAAGGACUCUGAUCCAACUUACUGACGAACUAGCCCUAAAACACCACCUACCCAAUAACAGAGAAAAAAAUUACCAGAUUUUCAAACAUAACGCCCAGACUAAACUACAAACAACCAACCAUCAAAACACAUUUACUAAAUAACACAUUAAAAAAAAAGAAUCAAAUCCACUGGAGCUCAAAGUAGGCACGCUUUAAACAAUUGAAAGCUAUCAAAAAACAGCUAUCCAUAUAUAUACAGACGGAUCAACUUUCAAGGCCACCAUCAAUGCUGGUCUUGGUGCCUUCCUGGUCUUCCCUAAAAUAAACACUUUGAGAUAAGCGCACCCUGUGGUGAUUACUGCUCAAACUUUCAAGCUGAAAUUGAGGCAAUUACCAUAGCACUACAGACAUUGGAAAACAAAUUAUAUGAAGGAGUGCAUCCACCAUCAGAUAUUGUUGUAUUUACAGACUCCCAAUCUACUCUGCAAGCACUUAACAGCAGCACCUCAAACAGCCCAAGAGAGUUGACAACACUAAUUGUGAUAAUCCAUCCAAUGAUAUCAAAAUUAAAUAUCAAUAUCACACUACAGUGGAUCCCCGGACAAAUUGGCAUCAUGGGAAAUGAAAAGGCAGAUAAGCUAUCAAAUGCAAGUUCAUCUAUGGAACAACCAGAUAGACCUGUUAACUACCUCACCCUAAGGUCAAUGUUAGUCAACAAUCACAAAGAGGAGUGGCUCAACCAAUGGGCAUCAGGAAACACAGGCAGAGACAUGUACAAAGAAAUGACUGCGCCUAACAAACUGGACAGUAUUAACUUCCUCCCCCGCAAAGAACAAUCUACAAUUUUCCAACUAAGAACAGGACACACACUACUAUUAAAUUACCAUCUGAACAAAAUAAACUCCACACAACUCCCCAUUUGCAGACACUGCACCCACCUCUUUGAAUGCCCAUCCCAAAUCCACCUUAGGCAGACCUUACUUCCACUACAGCCCAACAUAACCAACACCCUGUACGGCAGUGCUGAACAGCUGAAGAAAACAGCACACUUUUUUCCUUGGCACAGUCUGCAAAAGAUCUCACAGCAAUAAAGCUGGCUAGAAGAAGAACCAAGAGUUUUGACUAGUGUAUUAUGUGGCACAUAUAACAGUAAUUACCUUCAGCCAAAAUAAACAACAAUAAUUAAUUAAUAAAAUUAUCACAAUUUUUAUUUUGAAUAGAUAGAUUUCUGUUAAAAAACAAACAAAAGUUGAUAUAAUUUGUAUUAUAUUGGUGCAAGCUAUUAAUAAUAUUGUACUUGUAACCAGUAUUCUAGAAACUAUCAAAGGAAACCUCCAAUAAAUGGGAUACUAGUAUUAACAAUAAUAUAGAAAAACAAAAAUGUGUAAUAAUAAUAAAAUAAAAUAACCAAAGAGUUUUGACCAGUGUACUAUGUGGCACAUAUAAAAGUAAUUACCUUCAGCCAAAAUGAACACCAAAAAUUAAUAAAUAAUAAAAUUAUAACAAUUUUCAUUUUGAAUAGAUACAUUUGUUGAAAAAAAAAGUUAAAAA